UUACCGGUUUCCUCGGCAGUGGUAAGACGACCCUGCUCAACCACCUCCUCACGAAACAGCACGGCAAGCGGCUCGCUGUAAUCGAGAACGAGUUUGGAGAGGUUGGUAUCGACGACGCGCUGCUUGGGAAGAACGCCCGCGAGGAGGCUGAGCCUGAGAUCAUCGAGAUGAUGAACGGCUGCAUCUGCUGCACCGUCCGGCAGGACCUCAUUGUCGUGCUCAAGCGGAUCUCGGAGAGGGUGAGCUCCGGCAAGCUCAACAUCGACGCCGUCGUGAUCGAGACGACGGGGAUGGCGGACCCUGCGCCGGUCGCCCAGACCUUCUUUGUCGACGAGUCGGUGCAGGAGUGCUUUCGGCUCGACGGGAUCGUGACCCUCGUCGACGCCAAGCACAUCGAGCAGCACCUCGACGAGGAGAAGGCCGAGGGCGCCGAGAACGAGGCGGUGGAGCAGGUCGCCUUCGCGGACCGGCUGCUGCUCAACAAGGUGGACCUGGUCGACGAGGCGGAGCUCGCGAGGGUGGAGGGGCGGCUGCGCGCCAUCAACUCGUUUGCGCCCAUCCAGCGCUGCCAGCAGUCGCAGGUGGCCGUCGGCGACGUGCUCGAGCUGCGCGCCUUCGACCUGCAGCGCACGCUCGAGAUGGACGACGGCUUCCUCGACACGGACGCGGAGCACGAGCACGACGCGUCGGUCAGCUCGCUCGCCAUCGUCCAGCCGGGCGAGGUCGACGCCGAGCUGCUCGAGGGAUGGAUCGGAGACCUGUUGCGCGACCGGGGCGCCGACAUCUUCCGCACAAAGGGCAUCCUCGCCAUCGCGGGCAGCCCGAAGAAGUGCGUCUUCCAGGGCGUGCACAUGAUCUUCAACAGCGCGCUCGGCGGCGAGUGGGCCGAGGGCGAGCCGCGCGAGUCGAGGCUCGUCUUCAUCGGCAAGAAGUUGCAGCACGAGGAGCUGCGCGCCGGCUUCAGCGCCUGCCUCGCCACCCCGCAGCUCGACGCGCAGAGGCGCGCGGCGCUCCGCUUCGAGGUCGGGGCCCACGUCCAGUGCAAGGUCGCCCCGGACGAGUGGGCAAAGGGGCGGGUCGUCGCGCAGCUCUACAGGAACACGCCCGAGGAGGGGCGCGCAGGGGGCGUGUCGCCCUACCAGGUGGAGCUCGACGGAGGAGACCUCAUCUUCGUCCCGCUCGACGACGACCAGGUCAUCAGGAGGGCGUGAGGGCGAAUCGCCCCGCUGCCAGGCAGGCGUCACGAUGUUCCGAGGGCCUCGCAUGGGGGAGCGGCAUCGCUUGGCGUGCGCGGUAUAGAGGUGACCGGAACGUCGUGCCACACGCACACCACAGACAUACACGCAACACGCUCACCCUCGCGUCAAAGUGCCUCUGUGCUCUGCAUGGACUCACACACGUUACAGAGGAUACUCCUGGAUAGCGUCUGAGGUCUGUGUGCGAGACGAGGGGAUACGUGUUGAAAAAAUCGCAUGAGGUAU